AUGGAAGUUUUAAAUAUAAUUGAAGAGAUAGUAGAUGAUGAUUUGCUUUUUAUUUAAAAAUACGGAUUACUAAUAUCGAACUUCAUUACAAUUUUUAUUCUUCUAUAUAUUAAAUCGAGGAGAUAGUAAAAUGACAAAGAAGUAAUGAUAAUUGUUAUUAGAUAAGGAAAGAAAUCCGUUUUAUUAGUCACUGUUCAUCUUGAUGAUGAAGCCAUGUUUUUUUUACCUACAAUUACUUAUUUAAAUGAUAACAAUUUACGAAGCUCAUUUAAUAUCAAACGGAAAUGCUAAUAAAAUAGGAAAAAUAUGA